AUGUCGAUGUCGCAGCAAGAUGUGACGCCCGAGGCGAUGCAACAGCGCAUUCAGCAGGCGCGACGGGAAGCGGAAAGUCUAAAGGACAGAAUCAAGCGCAAGAAGGAUGAUCUCGCGGACAGCACUCUCUCGAAUAUCGCGAGGAGUCAACAGGAGGCGUUACCGAAAAACACGAUGAUGAAAAUUAAGAAGACACUGAAGGGACAUCUCGCAAAGAUCUAUGCGAUGCACUGGUCGACUGAUCGGAGACAUCUCGUAUCCGCAUCGCAGGACGGAAAGCUCAUCAUUUGGGAUGCCUACACAACAAACAAAGUCCACGCCAUUCCCCUGCGAUCGUCGUGGGUCAUGACCUGUGCAUAUGCCCCAAGUGGGAACUACGUUGCGUGUGGUGGUCUCGACAACAUCUGCUCAAUUUACAACCUGAAUCAAGCUCGAGAUGGGCCACAAAAAGUCGCCCGAGAAUUGUCUGGUCAUUCUGGAUAUCUCUCGUGCUGCCGUUUUGUCAACGACCGAGUUAUCCUGACCUCUUCUGGCGACAUGACAUGUAUGAAAUGGGAUAUAGAAUCCGGACAAAAGGUCACGGAAUUCGCUGAUCAUCUUGGUGAUGUGAUGAGCAUCAGCAUUAACCCUACAAAUCAGAACACCUUCGUGUCUGGUGCUUGUGAUGCUUUCGCAAAGCUGUGGGAUAUUCGGGCGGGCAAAGCCGUACAAACAUUUGCCGGUCACGAGUCCGAUAUCAACGCCAUCCAUUUCUUCCCCGACGGACACUCGUUCGUCACUGGUUCAGACGAUGCUACAUGUCGUCUCUUUGAUAUCCGAGCUGAUAGAGAGCUCAACCAAUAUGGAAAUGAGUCCAUUCUUUGCGGUAUCACUUCAGUCGCAACCUCUGUAUCUGGAAGACUUCUCUUUGCCGGUUACGAUGAUUUCGAAUGUAAAGUAUGGGAUAUUACAAGGGGUGAGAAGGUCGGAUCAUUAGUCGGACAUGACAACCGUGUGAGCUGUCUGGGUGUUAGUAAUGAUGGCAUGAGUUUGUGCACUGGAUCAUGGGAUUCAUUGCUCAAAAUCUGGGCCAUGUAA